GACUUUAAGUGAAGCGGAACUCAAAGGUGGCUAAACUCUCCGUGCAUAUGGAGACGAGUCUGGCAUCAGCGCCUCGCUCAGUGAAACGGUGGCAGCUGCGCGGGACGGACUCUGAGCCGCAGCAGGCCGGCGACCUCCGGACCGAAACCCGCUUCAGCAGCUGGACUCCCCUCAGUAAUAAGCGGAGCAACCUGCAGUUAUUUGAGGAGAGGGUGAAUCUUGUGUUGCACUGGUUUGAUCUGUGGACGGACAGACAGAGGAAACACCUGCUGCAUUGUCUGCUCUCUAGCUGCACCAAGUCACAGCUCAAGUACUGUCGGGAUGUGUUGAUUGAGACGGUUCCGGUGACUAAAGCGGACUUCACGGCGGUGCUGCCUCGGUUUCUCUCCCUGUAUGUGAUGUCAUUUCUGUCCCCCCGUGACCUCUGCAAAGCUGCCCAAGUCAGCUGGCACUGGAGGGUUCUAGCUGAUCAGGACUGUCUGUGGGCAGGCCGGUGCAUCAGAAGAGGCUGGUUCCUUCCUUACAUUCCUGGAGAAAAAGAGUUUGGUGCAUGGAAAAACCACUAUGGCUCCUGUGUCUCUACAUUGGACUGGCUCACUCCACGGGAGGCAGCAGAGAUGUAUGGGAACCUCAAUCAGCAGUGUCCGGGAAUGACAGAGGAAGAGGAAGAGAGGAGGAAGGAGAGGAGGCUCAGGCAGAAAAUCAGAGAGAAGCUUCAGGAGGAGAAGAGACUAUCUGUGAGUACCAGGAGAGCCUGGAGCUGCUACACAAAGCCAGAAAUAGCCAGAGGUGGAAGUACCCAAAAAGGGAGGCCCAGCUCUGGCAUAACAUUCAUCCCUCAGCCCUCCCUCUCCUGGCCUCCCAGGAGCGCUGGUUCUCCCAGCCUCUCUCUCAGCCUGGAAAGAGGACAGUGCACCAUGAGUGUGCCUCAGGACUGGGAGAGAGUCCAGGCCUCUGGUAUUAGCAGCAAAACACAGACCAAAGCCAGAGGAGCGCUGUCCUCCUUCACCUACAGACCUGCACUGACUCACACAGUCUCUCCCCUUCAUCCAACCACUCCCGCCCUGUUACUGCUCAUCUCCAACAGAAUUCCUGCUUAUGAGCUGGUGUUGAGCGGAGUGAAGGCUGAUGUGAUUGUGGUUGUGUAUGACCACAGAGGGACUCUCUCAUCUCUGCUAAACCAGGUGGAGAGGGCCAUUCCUGGGCAGUCAGUUCAGAGGCUUGGCCUGCUAGCUUGUGGAGGAACAGAGGAAAUUCACCUGCUUCACAGCAGUAGCCUAUCAGAGAAGACUCUGCUGACCCCUGAUCAUAGGGAAUUCUGGGAAAAAUUGUGCGGCAUGGUGGCUCCAACUGAAGAAGGAGGAGGGAUUGACAUAUUCUGCCCGCUUGCUGCAUCUGCAUCAGGAGUGGCUCUCAUCCGGACUCUCUCCACUCUGACUGGUCUGGAGAUUCGGGCGCGUGGUCUGGCGACCGGGAGUUUCCAGAACAUCCUCAGCGAGUGGUCUGCUGGCAGUGUGCAUACUGGACUUUCAGAUCACCAGACAGCAGCCCCAGCGCUGCAGUAUGUGUGUGAGGCUGUACUGCAGGGCUGGUGCACACAGGCUCAGUGGAUGGAGGAGGCUAUGGUGGAGCUGAGGAGCACCUUGGGGCCACAGCUACAGUGGGCCAGCAUCCAGGCUAGGGGCCGGGCUCUGGGCUAUUUUCUGUGGGAGAAAAUCCACCUUGAUGAGCUUUGCGUGUCCAGAGAUCUCAGUGAGGCUCUGACUGAAGGACUCACUGCUCUCACCACACAGGAAGAGACCCGUCCUGUGGAGUUUCUUUCCAUCUUUCUGAAAAAAUGGAAUGUAGGGAAGGAGGGACAAGAGGGCGACGGACAGGACAGCAGCGGAGCUGAUGAUGGUUCACAGGCAUGCUUUAACAUAGUACCUGAUCUACCACAGACACCGCUCGAUUGGAGAGGUGUCGUUGCAAGAGAGCUGCACCACAGCGAGUGUCUUUAUCUGGGAAAACUGAACGCUGUGCUGAAGGUGUACAAGGAGCCUCUGACAGCAGCUCUGAACUCCAACAGAGCCAUUCUGAGCUAUGCUGACAUCCACAUUGUCCUCAGUCCUGUUGCACAAAUACUGGAGCUCAACAGGGUGUUUCAGGCUGAUUUACAGGCCCGGCUGCAGCAGUGGGGCGCAGAGAAAUGUAUUGGAGAUGUUUUUGUAAAGCUCUGCUCGGAACUCAGAGUAUACGCAAACUACCUGAACAACUACACCACUGCCAUCCACACCAUUGAUAAGUGCAGGGAGAGUAAGCCAUCAUUUCGGGCCUUCUUGAAGAGAUCAGACAGAACUCUUGCAACUCACAUGCUGAGCCUGCAAGAGCUGCUGCUGUGUCCGGUGUGGAGGAUGCAGGAGUAUGUGACUCUGCUUCAAGCUCUUUCCUUACACACACACUCCGGUCACCACCACGCACACCUCCGCUCUGCCCUCAGCACACUGCUACAGUUCAGAGAGUUCAUACACAAGUUAAGGCGCAGCUCCGAGGCAGACAGACUGAUAAAGGAAACACAGCAAAAGAUUCAAGGCUGUCCGAACCUCAGUGAAGGAAACAGGCAGCUGAUAAUGACUCAGGAUGCUGCUUUGCUCAGGAGCCCUGAUGAGCAGAUCCCAGAUUCUCUCAAGACCUAUGAGCACGUGUCCGAUGUGGGCCUCUUCCUGUUCAGUGACGCUCUGGUGUUGACUCUGCAAAAUGUGCAGCACACACCUUUCACACUGGCUCGCCAGAGCACGCACACAUUUCUGGCCUCUGUGGCUCUCCGCAGCCUGUCUGUCAGAGAGAUCACGCAUACGCGCUAUGUGAGCCACGCCUUUGUCCUGGAGGGUCCGUACCGCUCCUGGGUUUGCGCCACAGAGGGAGGCGAAGAGAGAGACCGCUUCCUGUCGGUGCUGCAUUCAGCGAUGAGUCUGCUCUGGUUGGGGCAUUGGUGACAGGGAGGUUUGGAAAAUAACUGAUGGACAUUUUUUAUGUCAAAACUGUAAAACUUAUGAAGAAAGUCUACUUUAAAGUUGUAAUUUAGUGUAAACAUGUAGACUUUCUGCCGGUGUUUAAAUGAUGCUAUUUUACCAUGUAUGCAUUUCUGGAGAUACAUAGUUCUAUAAUAUGGAUUAUUAGGAAUCUCAUUUCUGUCUCAUCAUUUUGUCUAAUGCUGCUUUUAUGAACUGAAAAAUACUACAUGUCUUAGUACAUAUUUCUACACAUACAGCUUCAUAACAUCCUUUUACUGCAUGUGGCCACAUGCAGACUCAGUCUUAAUUAUUGGGUGCACGUUCAUGCAGCGCUCAACUGAGCAGAGAGGUGCUACAUGAGUAUCAGUCCAUUUACAAUUUAUACCGGCUGAUAAAUGAAAAUUGAAAAAGUAAAGAGUGAUGGGAGAAACUCCCUUUAACCCUGUUAUGAGUUUUGAAGUUGCACAGUUUGUCCAGCAGAGGGCACUUUGCAACUUUUCUUUUGGCAAAUCUUCACAAACACGACGGCUGCUCGAGUGCAGCGUAAACGUGAUGUGGCAAUAAAGAAAAAAGUUUAUUUUUAA